AUGUCUACCCGCAAGAGAAAGCAAGCCGAGGAGGAGCUCCAGGCCCUUCCUAGCGAUGAGAGCGAAGAGGAAGAAGAAUAUGAAGAUUCCGAGCCUGAUGUAGAGGAAGGAAGCGAGGAGGGCGAACAGGAGGAGGUUGAGGGAGAGUCUGAGUCUGAUGAGGACGAGGAAGAAGAAGAAGCACAGCCAGAAGUCAAAAAAGAAGCGAAGAAAGAAGCCAAAGAGAAAGACGAAGGUGCUCCGCCAGCCAAGAAGCAGAAGACUGCGCCUGCGCCUUCUGUCGUCGAUGAGGACGAGGAGAACGGCGCAAAUGGCGAAAAAGAUGAGGACGAGGAGGAGGUUGCUGAGGAAGGAGGCGUGGAAGAGAGUGCAGCUGAAACCGCCGAGAAGAGUGGUCCGGCUGCCGCUGCUGCUAAGGAUAAGGGUGGUGUUGUUCCCAAGGAGUCGGAUCUGCCCGAGGUUGAGGCAGUUGAGAAAGAGGAGGAGUGA